CCAAAGCUCCCCUUAAACACACAAUAAUUAAUUUGAUCCUUCCCUUUAAAAGAAAUUUGUAAUUUAAAAUCUUACAAGUUCAUCAUAAUGUGGAAGCUGAAGAUAUCAGAAGGAAAUGAUCCAUGGCUGGUGAGCUUAAACGAUCACGUUGGUCGGCAACAUUGGGAGUUCGAUCCCGAGGCCGGAACACCGGAGGAACGAGCUGAGGUCGAGAAGGUUAGAGAGGAAUUUAAGAGGAAUCGGUUCAAGAAUAGGCAAAGUGCUGAUCUCUUGAUGAGAAUGCAGUUAAGAAAAGAAAAGCCAAGUAUGGAAAUGAUUCAAGGAGUGAAGUUGAAAGAAAGAGAGGUAAUAGGAGAAGCAGCAGUGACCAUAACACUGAAGAAGGCCAUCAACUUCUUUACCAGUAUUCAAGCCCAUGAUGGUCACUGGCCUUCUGAUAAUGCUGGCCCACUUUUUUUCAUACCUCCCCUGGUUAUGACUCUAUACGUUAUAGGAGAUCUCAAUAAGAUUCUAUCUCAUGAACAUCAAAAGGAAAUAAAACGUUAUAUUUACAAUCAUCAGAAUGAAGACGGUGGAUGGGGAUUCCACAUUCAUGGCCAUAGUACCAUGCUUGGUUCAGCAAUUAACUACGUUGCCCUAAGGUUAAUGGGAGAAGGUCCUGAUGAUGGUGUAGAUAACGCGGUUGCAAGAGGUCGUCAAUGGAUCCUUGAUCAUGGUGGUGCUACAAGCAUUCCAUCUUGGGGAAAGUUUUGGCUCGCGGUGAGUGGAGUGUACGAAUGGGACGGGUGCAACCCAACGCCUCCAGAACUUUGGCUCCUCCCUGAUUUUUUACCAAUGCAUCCAGGAAAAACUUUGUGCUAUUGCCGAUUAGUGUACAUGCCAGUAUCAUACUUGUAUGGUAGGAGAUUUGUUGGUCCAAUCACUCAACUCAUUCAGUCACUUAGAACAGAAAUUUACCCCCAGCCAUACCAUGAAAUUAACUGGAACAAAGCUAGAAACUCAUGUGCUAAGGAGGAUCUUUAUACUCCACAUUAUGUGUUACAAGACAUGAUUUGGGGACUUCUUCACCACAUUAGUGAGCCAAUCCUCAACCGUUGGCCCUUCUCAAAGCUGAGAGCAAAAGCGCUCAAAACGGCAAUACAAAAUGUACACUAUGAGAACGAUAACAGCAGAUACUGCAGCACUGGUUGCAUUGAGAAGGUACUUUGUUUGAUGGCUUGUUGGGUGGAAGAUCCAAAUUCAACAGCAUACAAGAAACAUCUAGCCAGAUUUCCUGAUUAUUUGUGGGUUUCAGAGGAUGGGAUGAAGUUAACGGCCGUUGGUAGCCAAACCUGGGAUGCAGCAUUUGCAUUUCAAGCAAUAUAUGCCAGUGGUCUUACUGAUGAAUAUGCAACACCACUUAGGAAAGCACACGGUUUUCUCAAAGCCUCACAGGUUAAGGAGAAUCCAUCAGGAAAUUUCAAGGAGAUGUAUAGACAUAUUUGUAAAGGUGCAUGGACUUUCUCAACACUAGAUCACGGUUGGCAAGUCUCUGAUUGUACUGCAGAGGGGCUCAAGGCUGCACUUUUAUUUGCAAAAAUGUUCCCUGAACUUGAGGAAGAAAAAGUGGAAGCACAACACCUAUACGAUGCGGUGAAUGUCCUCCUUUCUCUACAGAGUGAGAAUGGUGGUUUGCCAGCUUGGGAGGCUCAGCGAACAUACACUUGGAUUGAGAAAUUCAACCCUACAGAGCUCUUCGGCAGUGCUCUAAUUGAAAGAGAGCAUGUUGAGUGCACUUCCUCAGUAAUCCAAGCUUUAACACUCUUCAAGGAGCAUUACCCAGAUCACAGGUCUGAACAAAUAAAGGACUCCAUCUCUAGAGGAAUACAAUACAUUGAAAGUACUCAAAACCCUGAUGGUUCUUGGUAUGGAUUUUGGGGGAUAUGUUUUACAUAUGCAACAUGGUUUGCAGUGGAGGCACUACUGACGAGUAAUAAAAAUUACCAUAAUAGUCAGGCUGUGCAAAGGGGAUGUGAGUUUCUACUCUCAAAGCAAUUGCCUGACGGCGGGUGGGGCGAAAGUUACCUCUCAAGCUCAAAAGAGGUUUAUACAAACCUGAAGGGAAACAAGUCAAAUGUGGUGCAAACUUCAUGGGCAUUAUUAACUCUCAUUAGAGCAGGGCAGUGGGAUGUGGAUCCAGAUCCUGUAGAUCGAGGGAUGAGGUUGGUAAUCAACUUGCAAUAUGAAAAUGGAGACUUCCCGCCACAGGAAAGCACUGGAAUAUUCAUGAAGAGCUGCAUAGUAGAAUUUUCAUCAUACAGGUGUAUUUUCCCAAUAUGGGUUCUUAGUGAAUAUCGACGUGUACAAGCACAAAGAUUAGGCAUACUAUAAGCAAGCCCAAUACUCACUGGAACUCCAAGAGAGAUGGUUACAAGUUACUAGUAUCUAUAGUGUAUUGCUGCAUAACAUCACAGGAUGUAAAAGCAAAUCAUACAACGUUGGCUAUUAUACUGUUUUAUGCUCUAGCUUACUAAUCUUUGUCAAUAUGUAAGUGCAAUGAACCACUCAUCCACACCACACACCUAUAGUUACACUUACAGCCGGAGACAUGGACAAAAUCAGCAGCAGGGAGACACCACCAACCCGCAACAGUUACAAGCUCUACCUUGAGCCACUGCAGUCUGCUAUCUUUGGAUUAUUAGCUUGCUUUGUUAUUUGCUUUUAGGAAAAGGACAAGAAUUAGUAAAUGUAACAAUUAAGGCUUGUUUCCAUGUCAAGUGAAGGAUAGUAGUAUAAGUAAUAGUAAGCUUAGGAAGGGGAAUUCAUUUCAGAAAAUUGUGUAUUGAAACUCUUGGAGAGUAAUGGCCUAAAGUCAUUCACUUGCUAACCAUUUGGUUAGUUAAUUUUCAUUCAAUCAAUUGUCCUCUUUCAUAAUUCAAACUUGUCUUCUUGGUUAGUCUUUCUUGGAGCGCAGAUCGUUGCAUUUGGUAUCAGAGUAGCCAUGGCUUCGUGUCACGUUCCGGGAGUUUGGACCCCGAAACGUGCGGCGCGCUCUAGCUUUUUGGCGGCAAGAACGCUAGCCUUGAGCAGAAGAGCUUCUGAGCACAAAGCAACACAAGCGGGCAAUUAAAUCAAGGGAGCACUCACAUCUAUUUAGGCGACGGAAUGCGGGUGGUCGGGGCUUGUGACGACCGAUACUUCGAGGCAGGCACAAGUGGGUCCGAACCACAAGUUCUUAGUGCAUCAAGUUGGGUUGGAGGGGAGCUAUUAUGCAAGUAAGACACAAUAUCUAUAAAGGUCUAACA